AACACAAAAAGUACUCCUCCUAUUACUAGUCACACACAAACUUUGAAGUAAAUCCAAUAGAGUUUGAGUUUCCACAGUAUAAGUACACAAACUGUAGCAUCUCCUUCGUGGUCCCUUUCCAUCAACCAUAACUUCACUCCAGUUCCACCUCAAUAAUGCUGCUUAGUUAUAUAAUCUAUCACUUUGAUUCCAAAUCUCAAACUUAGUUAUAAUCAACAAACAAACACUUAGUCAGACAAAACGGGUCUCCCUCUUUGGUUGCUUGGAUUUGGUCCUGACCUCUUGUGGGCCGACAUGAACCGUCUCCUCUCCUUCCUCUUCCAUCAGGGAGUAUUGGAUGAGCAAUUCUUGCAGCUUCAGCAACUACAAGAUGAGACAUCACCAAACUUUGUCUCUGAGGUUGUCAACAUUUAUUUUCACCAGUCUGAGAAGCUUCUUAGGAAUCUCAGAUCAUUGCUGAUGGAGAGAGAGUUCAUGGAUUAUAAGAAAAUAGGGAUUGAUUUGAAUCAGUUUAUGGGUAGCAGUUCAAGCAUUGGUGCAAAAAGAGUGACUAAUGUUUGCGUCGCCUUUCGUGUCGCCACCGAACAAAACAACCGUGCCGGAUGUUUUAGAGCAUUGGAAAUGCUGGAACAUGAAUAUUGCUAUCUCAAGAACAAAUUGCACGAACUAUUCCAAAUUGAACAGCAACGUGCAUUGGCAGCUGGAGUGAGGAAUCCAGUACAGAAUGAAUAAAGUGGAGUUAAAGAAAUGAUGAUUAGAUGGAUGUGUUAGAAUUUUUUUUUCUUUUCUUUUCUACUUUUCAUGUCAAUCUUUUCUGGUUUCGUAAGGCUAAGGGCACGUCUUUCUUGUUAUAGACAAACCAAGUUAAACAUAACUUUUGUACUUGGAUGUGUAGGGAAUAGAAAAAAUAUAAGGGGGGUCACUAGAUUUUGGAUUCUCUUAUUUAUGAGGUGGGAUCAUGUUCUCUUAUGCUUUGAUGUAACUCUUUUGAUUUUUUUGAAUUAAAGUGUAUCAAAUCUGUUGAAAGUUUA